AUGGAAAGCGACGAGCCACAUCUCUCUCCGCUGCGACGGUUCACCUCGGCCGUGCGCUGGAGUUGGUACGCCAUCUCGCUCAGCUGGGGCGGGAUCGCCGUCUUGCUGCACCAGACACCGCACCAAUUCACAGGCCUCGUUACCAUCGGCACGAUCGUCUUCAUCGCCAACCUAGUCAUCUAUGCCGUUAUCACGGGGGCCUUCAUCUUCGAGGCGCUCAGCCCCAGCCCGACCGGCAAGGUCGCCUCCGGGCCCCCGGACUUCCGGACGCGCUGGCUGCACAUCCAGCAACUGACGGACCUGUACUUCAUCCCGAUCUCGCUGCUGGCCUUCGCGGCAAUUCUCUUUGGGGUGUCCUACUACGGGACGUCGCACUGCGGCCGGUGGCUGAUCCUGACGCUCCACGCGCUGUUCUGGGUGUACACGGCCGUCUCGCUGAUCCUGUGCAUCGUGCUCUCGUGGAUCAUCCCGCACACGCACACCACCCCGGAGAAGCACUACCCCAUCGUGCAGAUCCUGCCUUUCUUCCCGCCGAUGCUCAGCGGCACCAUGGCGGGCAUCCUCGCGCCGAACCAGCCCCCUAACCUCGCCAUACCGAUGCUGGUGGGCGGCACGACGAUGCAAGGCCUGGGCAUCCUGAUGUUCUUCGUGGUCCUCGCGCAGACGGCGCACACGCUCACCCGCAGCGGCCUGCCAGAAGGUAGAUUCCGGCCGGAGAUGUUCAUCGCCGUCGGCCCGCCGUGCUUCACCAUCAUCGCGUGGUACGGCAUGGCCUCCGCGGCCAUCGAGAAGCUGCCGGAUUAUUUUCUGAGUAAGGCCAGUAGCGUGCACACCGCCGACGUCCUGUAUAUCCUGGCCGUGGUCGCCGGGGUCAGUCUGUGGGUGCUGGCGUUCGUGCAGUUCUGGCUGGCCGUGCUGAGUAUGGUGGAGGCGAUGGUGCGCGGGCUGAUUGCGUAUGAGUUGAACUGGUGGUGCAUGGUCUUUCCGUUGACGGGGUUUGUGCUGUGUACGUGUAAUCUGGGCCAGGCCUUGAAUUCUCCGGCAAUUCUCUGGGUGGGCUCCGCCAUGACGAUCGGGCAGGUCGCGCUGUGGUUGGUGAUUUGUGGGUGUCAGAUUGUCGUCUGGGUGCGACGAGGGUGGUGA